AUGAAAAAUGAUUUAAUACCAGCCGGUUCAAUCUGUAACAUUAGUAUCCAUAACUUACACAGAACCCCAGAAUUUUGUCCGAAUCUCGAUGUUUUCAAUCCAGGUAGAUUUUUACCGGAAAAUAUUAAAGAAUGUAAUCUUUAUUCCUAUAUUCCAUUUAGUGCUAGGCCAAAAAACUAUAUCGGUCAGAAAUCCGCAUUGCUUCGACUCAAAAUCCUAAUAGCUUAUAUAUUGCACAAUUUUUAUUUGAAACCUGUGGAUAAACUGGAUGACGUUAAAAUGAUAGGAGAUUUUAUUCUGGGCUCGCCAAAACCACUUCGUGUCAAAUUUAUAUCUAUAAAAUAA